CAGGCGCUGUAACUGCCCAAGGACACCCUUUUCAGAGGGAAGGCUGGAUGGAGUUGGACACAGCACAGGUUCCGGAGUUAAGCUCCUAUCUAGCAACAAACAGGCCCGGCUUGAAGAACCCUGUCAUGCACAACACUCCUCAGGUGGCUAUGGGCUGGAGUCCAAGGCCCCCAGGGAGGAACGUCCAACACCACUGGACCUUGACAUCUGAAGACUCUGACGAGGAUCUUGGGUCCCAGCUGGCAGGGUCCAUUCCCACAGCCACCUUCAGAAAAAAGAGGCUUUCGACUGUCGAGGACCUGGAGAAUUCCAGUGAGCAGGCGGAGCCCCAACCAGACCCUUUAGCUGCAGAGGAAGAACCACGCACGUCAGCCUCCUUGAACAAGGAGUGUCAGGAGACAGAGGCCCUGCAGGACAUGAGCUGGCCAAAGAACCCGAGGAUGCCUGGAAUUUCAGACAGCCCCUGGCAGAGAAGACGAGACCUAAAGAAGCGGGCAGCUGCAAUGCAACGCUUGCAGCAAUGGGAGGCCCAGAUGCUUCUGGAAAUUGAAGAGGCGGUCCAUCAUGAGCUUACCAUCCAAGAUGGGACCCUUAGCAUGGAGUUUCCUGACCAAACCCAGGGGCCACUUAGCUUUGGCACAGUCAGUGUAGAAGCCCAGGACCCUGCCACCUUGGAAUAAUUGGAUUAUCUGCACCACACACCACAGCUGGCCCAGGAGGAGGCCAGUCACUGCAGCUAUGGCAGGAACUUCGGAUUCCGUGUGAUGUUCUCUCUGAGUUGUAAUUUAUUUUAUACUUAAACAUCUGCAUAUUUUCGAGCCACUUCCUAUUAAAAUAAUUCUCUAUUUUCGUUUGUGUAAUUAUCUGGUUAUAAAAAUCAGUCGAGAGAGUG